UCUUUAUGUUCUCUGUCGCACACAAAAACAACAAUCGCUCUCUACAAUGGCGGAAAGGUUCUCUAGCGGCGAGGCUCAAUAUUGGCCCAUCUACGGUACCACUACCACCUCCACCGUUAGCAACGGCCCCAUCGCUUCUCUUGUCCAUCAGCUCCGAUCUCAUUCACCAACCUCUUCACAGCUCUUUGGUUUCCUCGCUCUCUUCAUUUCCAGCGGAAUCCUCCUCUUGCUCCUCGGCGUAAGCGUCACCGCAGCCUUGCUCGGUUUCAUAGUGUUUCUUCCAUUGAUCAUCUUAUCGAGUCCCAUCUGGAUUCCCGUUUUUGUCCUUGUUGGCGGGUUCUUAACGGUAUCAGGAUUUCUUGUUGGAACGGUGGCGGUCGUCUCGUGGACGUACCGCUAUUUCCGAGGAAUGCACCCGGUUGGCUCGAAUCAGAUGGAUUAUGCACGUAGUCGGAUCUAUGACACGGCCUCUCACGUCAAAGAUUACGCUAGAGAAUACGGUGGUUACUUCCAUGGCAGGGCUAAAGAUGCGGCCCCUGGUGCUUGACCUGAACCGAUUGGUAUAAUCUGCUUGGGUAGAAUUAACUGAUCCCGGUUCGAUUUACCGUUGAGUAACACAGUUAAUGGUAAUAUUAUACAUUUUGUUAUUUUAGUUUCCGUUUACAUUUUGUAAUGUACAAGCUUUGUGUAACUUGAAAUGUAAUAUUUUAUUUUGUUUCGAGUUUUUUUUUUCACA